AUGUCAUCGGAAAAAGACAAACGUCUCCAGUCGUCUCUCAAGACCGCGACUGGGGCUUUCGACCAAGCCGUGGCAGUGUCCCAAGACGCGCUCAACGAUGGCCUGUACUACCUCUUCGACAAAUACGAGGACUUGCAGAAGAUGAGGGUCAACUCGAAAAAGUUUGGCCGGAUCGAUGCGACGAUGGACCAUUCCGAGGUGUCUCUGCCGGUCAAGUCGUCCAACUAUCGGACGCUCGUUUUUUACUGCAUGUUUCAAACGGGGAAGCUUGUUCUCACGGAUGACGAUGGAAAUGACAAAAAGCCAAUCGAUCUGGCAGAGUGGCGGUUUGCAUUCGAGGUGGACUACACCACCCUCGAUGUGCCAACGAAUACCGCCGAGCACCAGGAGGCGAAGAAACAGCUGAACCAGCCUGGUGACUACUCCAUCAAGAGACUCUUUCUGGACUUUAAGACCCAUAAGAUCAGAAAGUUCAACCAGGACCUGAGCUACUUCAAGAACCACAAAUGGGACAAUGAAGACUUGCAAAGCUUCCUCUCCUUGAUAACUUUCUGGGGCGAUCCUGAACACGGCGUUAUGAAGGACAAGCAAAAGUCGACACUGGGAUACUUUUUGACGACUGCGAAGCCAGAAACCGUCAAUCCGCCCGCACCGACAUUCCCACCCACCUCGAUGAAGCACCAGCACUACAAAUACAUCGCACCCGGGAAGCAAACACCAGAUGAAGGACUGAAAAACGGCAAGAACAAUAUGCUUUUGUACCUGGAGAUGACCCAGAACCGAUCGUUCCCCAGCGAAGACAUCCUGGAGUAUUCGGGCAAUUUCGUGACUCCAGGCAUGAAAGGAACAACGUGCAUCUCGCGGGACAUCUUUUGGGAUGCGUAUCUUCUCCGGAGUCCGUCUCUCAGUGGCCCCUAUGGAUCACAGCCUCCUCUUCUGCGAGAGUUCAAUCGACAUGUCUAUGCCUGGCUUGGGGAAUUCCACGUCUGGGCCAAGAACUAUUCCACCGAUUUUUCAUGGAGCUAUGGAUUUGGACACACCCGGUGGGAGCCAUCUCGAAGCCCGGACUACUUUGCAUGGAAGAAGGUCUCUGCAAGUAAAUGGCAGUGGAAGAAUCAUGAUCACAAGAAGGGGCAUGAUGAAGGAAUAUGGCCCGUCCGUUUGGACGCAAAAGCGAGCAGCGAUACGUUGAAUGAAUUGUGGUUCGAUCCAGGGAGUAACAAGAUACAUCUCAAAGGCUGCUCGAAAAUCUGGGCGGAAAUGAAAAGGAGCGGUUUCAAGAACAUCGAAGAAAAAGGCGGCGUUGCCAUCAACUGGGCGCUGGAUAUCACGAUCGACUCAGUCAGCGAAGGAGGGCUGAAACUGAACAUGAAUCUUCCAGCCAACCCCAAAGACAUUUUCCACACCUCUGCACUGAAAGAGCCAUUUGCUUUCGCAGAGACGCAGGAUGAGGAACCCGCUAAGAACGAACCGGCUGAGAAUGAACUCGCUGAGAGUGAACUCGCUGAGAACGAACCGGCUGAGAACGAACCGGUUGAGAACGAAUUCGCUGAGACCACCCCGAAAACAGGAAAAACUGGUAAGAUCAGUGUCCAUGACAUGACAGAGGCAGCGAAUGAUGCAGCUUCAAAGCUGGAUUUUAAAAGUGUGACGACCAAUCUACAGACGGCGUUGGAGAAUUCAGCGCGUUUUGUUCUUCCUGGAGGCCGGCAGUUCUUCUACAACAACGCCGUCUUUGGCAAUAAUGGAGAUCUGUUGGUGGAGGCCAAGUACAAGUCUUGA